CUCUAACCAAAUUGUCUAACAAAUCCUGCGACAUGAUUUGAUUAGGAAAUCACAUUGGCUUCAUAUUUAAAUCAGCUCCUUUGUGCACCUGACAUCUUCCCCAGGUAAUUGAUACAAAAACAAACAACACUUAGUCUGAAAGGUUUGUGUACGUCUGUGUUGGGGCCUGUCUGUUUUUUUUAACCCCCAUGCUCUCCGAUUACCUGCAUGUACCAAGUUGUCUGGGCGGGUCUUUGUGGCAGGAAUAGGUAGAACCUCUUAAAACAAAAAAGCUGAUACACUCAUUGGCUGUAAUUAUUGGCUAGCACAUCACUGGAGAACAAAAAGGCUAUUGUAAGAUUCCCUUUACCUGAGUUUCUACAUUACUUUGGUUUUGCACACUUCUGCAGGUUUCGGUAUUCUUGUCAAGCUUGCCGUUCAACUAUUGGCUUUGAAACAGAUUGUCCUCAGUUGUCCUCUGGAUCCCUUGAGUGGACGUUUAGGAACAUGGUUGGAUGAUUUACAACUUGUUUUGCAGACCAAUUCCUUGUCACCCCGUGUGGGACCUUAUACAGUCCUUGUUCCCAUCAUGGCGAUGGGCUUCUCCCCAGAACAGGUGGCGUGUGUUUGUGAGGUUCUUCUCCAGAGCGAAAGCAUGGAUCGCUUGUCCUCGUUCUUAUGCUCUUUACCUUCCAAUGUGUAUCUGGGAAUGGCCCACAGUCAAGAGAGCGUGCUGAAAGCGCGGGCUGCGGUCGCCUUCCACCACUGUCGUUUCGCUGAGCUCUACGCCUUGUUAGAAGGGAACGUGUUCUCCCCGCGCAGUCACCCUCUGCUCCAGCAGCUCUGGCUCCAGGCUCACUACAAGGAGGCUGAAUUACAGAGGGGCCACCCUCUUGGGGCCGUGGGGAAGUACCGAAUCCGCCACAAGUUCCCUCUUCCUCGUACCAUCUGGGAUGGAGAGGAGACCAGCUACUGCUUCAAGGAAAGGUCUCGCAGUGUAUUGCGAGAGUGCUACUGCAGAAAGCCGUACCCCUCGCUGCGAGAGAAACGAGAUUUGGCUGCAGCCACUGGACUCACUGCCACACAAGUCAGCAACUGGUUCAAGAACCGUCGACAGCGGGACAGAGCUGCGGCCAGCCGUCAGGGCAGGACAUCAGCAGGAGCGUUCCUGAGCUCUGAUGAGGAACUCUCACCCCCGGCGAGUCCCAGCACACUCUUCUCCUGCUCCCAGCAGCUCUCUCCCCACACGUCCCCUCUACGUCACCUGGGACCAACACACUACUGAAACUGAUGCAGUGGAAUACAGGAAUCCGUUUAACUUGGACAUGCAUCUCAAUACAGUAGAAAAGACAGACCUCUACUUCCAUUUCACCAUGACUUCUUGCAGCUCCAAAGAGUAACAUAUCAACACGUCAGCAGACUUUAUAUUGGCUGUAAUUGACUGUGUUCUAUACUUACGCAAAAUUAAAGACAAACAAAUCCAGAGUUUC